AUGGAAGAUGAAGAUUUUGAAGGUGAAGAAAACUUCACAGAAAUAGCCCAUCCAAGCGAUGAUGAACAGGAUGAGCACAACGAAGAGGAUCAUGACAUUGGCAUUGAGGAAUUUAACUUCUUUGAACAAGGAAGGAAUGCAAGCAUGGAGUCCCUCGCGGAGGCACUAGACGACAUCAACAGAACCCUUGUAAUUUUCUGGGCACAACUCCACGUCAGGGAUCAGCAGCCAGCACAAACGGCCACCAACUCACGAUACCAAGAAGCCAAUCAAUGUCUCCAGUAUGGUUAUAUGUACCCGCUUAGGGUGAAAUCCUUCAGCUCAUUCAGCUUGCUUGGAUCCGCUGAUGUGACAACCUUCUCCUCUAGCAUGAGGAGGAUCAUAUGGUACCUUGCUAAUUACAACCAAGUAUCGCCUAUCUAUUGUGAAAGAUCCUUCCAGGAGGCCCGGCCUUGGACUGGUCAGCUUAUGCAACUUGGGUGGCUGAUUGUUCCUGGCGAGAGGGAUACUACCCACCUUCAUGAGUUAUUCACAGCAACGCCAACUGGCAGCACUUAUAUCAGUGUGAUAACCCCUACAUGCUGUAGGGCUAAUGCCAGAGGUAUCCCAAUGUCUACUUGGCUUCUCCAAGAGCUGUUGAACGCUUCAGUUCAAUUCUCUUAUGCUCCAUUUCCAGAUGGGUAUCUGCCUCCCAUUGUCACCUCAGUACAACAACCCAUGUACGAUGUGCUCCCUCCUGCCAAUUCAAGUGCUCUUGACAACAUGCUCUCAGAUGUCCUCCUGGCUCCCGCUUUUGACCUCACACCUACGGAGUUUCAAGAGCUCAAUUGCGGCUACAAUUACUGGGAAUUGUCCACUAUAACUUCUCUCAGCGGUAUCGAUGAUACAGCUCAGCCCUUUUUGGAUCAAGUGGAUGAAUUAGAUGAAGUAGAUGGGGUUCUCACCAAGGAGCCAGUCCUCGAGGUUUUUCAUCCUGACUUGCAAUGGAGACAGUCUAAGGGUGGAGUAUGGGACACCUUGAACAGAAAGCAACGAGAGAGCCUCACCUGUGCAAUGAAGAAGACAUUUUGGUGGCGGAUUAUGAUGCUCACUAGGGCCUCAUUUGUUGGAGGCCUGUGGGUAGGAGAGCGCCAAAACCCAACAAUUCAUCAGGUGGAAGUACGACACCGGGUGACCAAUAGCUUUCUCACCGCACUUCACCUAACCUACACAACUUACAAGGAGAUGCUGGAGCAACCAGUGGUCAUCACAUUUGCCAACGGGGUAACUGUUUCUGCUGGAUGGCCGGAGUUCCAUAGGAAUCAACUGGCCAAGGCAUUUAAUGAAUCAAAGGGGGAACUAAGGAAGGUUAUCAAAGGUGCAAUGUCACCAUACACCAACUUUUGUGACUCUUUCGAUACAGUAGAGAUGAGGAUCACUCACUUCGUGGGUCUUUUCAACUCGAACAACAUCAAUGAUGUGCGCCAGAUGAUUUCUGAGCUCAUCAGAGAACAUGUUUUUUCAGAGCUCCUUUGGGUGUCACUCUUUCACCCAAACAGCAAGUUGGCAGAUAGAAAAUGCAGUGUGAGGCUAGCAGAUUUCCUUCCCGAAGAAGUCUUUUCAGAUUUCACCUGUCUAGCCCAGAAACCGGUGGGCAAUUUGAUGAUGUUGCUCUACCAGUUGAUGGUCAUCACCUUGAAAGAAAGAGAAGCACUUGUGAUCGACUAUUGUGGACCAGAAGAUAUGAACGAGAUUAUUAUGUCAGCCCUAGACAAUAUGGGGAGCAAUGUCCUACCUAUCGCUCCCAAGUCAGGUCUUCCGAGAAUCACAACAGAGGAGACAGGGAAGAGAUUUAGGAAUAUGACGGACAUCUUGCCCAUCGAAACCCAGCCAAUCAGUGAUUCAUGCAUUGUCGUCCCAAACAGUGGGGGCUUUUGUUCCACCAAGUCUCUGAGACUUGUCUCGGAUGUACUCGCUUCAUUCUUCUCGACUCUCCCAGUCGCAUAG